AGCAGGAGCCAGUCCUUAAAUCCCCCCCAAAUCUAUGAACAUUUAAAUGGAGUUACUUUUGGAUAUAUCUAUUGAUUCAAAUGCUUAUUUUUCCUUCUGGAAAGUAAAACGUUUAUUUUCUUUUGGAAAUUACACUGCUGAACCUGCGUUCCUGUGCUCUGCUGAACAGGUGCGCAACACGUUCGGGCUUGGAUAAAUGAUGGAUAUGGAAAAGAUAUGUGCAACUCUAUGUAACUUGAUUUAAACUAGAUUUUUACUCAAGGGCAUCACCUCGUAUACCAAGAUCAUGAUGCCAAAAGUGAAAACCGAAUACCCAUGAACAAUUUAAAAAUUAUACAGAUGCUCUAACGUGGAACACAGGUGGAAAAUAUAUGCCUAAAAUAGGUUAUAAUGUAUGUAUCGAAAGUAAGAGCAUCAUUGGUUGUCAUGGAGCGUUUUGUGAGUCGUCGGUGGUUUCUAAGGAUGUCUCUUCUCGGUAUUAUUCUAUUUUCUUGUUGUGAAAAGACUCACUCACACGCUGAAGAUGUGCUCUUCAAAAAGCUCUUUGAAAGCUACAAUAAGUGGUCAAGGCCUGUACCGAACACAUCUGAUGUUGUCAUUGUCAAGUUUGGCUUAUCGAUCGCCCAACUGAUUGAUGUGGACGAGAAGAAUCAGAUGAUGACAACAAACGUCUGGCUGAAGCAGGAGUGGAAUGACUAUAAACUCCGAUGGAAACCUUCAGACUAUGACAAUGUGACUUCUAUCAGAGUCCCGUCGGAACUUAUUUGGGUCCCGGAUAUAGUUUUAUACAACAAUGCAGAUGGCGAGUUUGCCGUGACCCACAUGACCAAAGCCCACCUCUUCUACACAGGUAAAGUGCGCUGGGUUCCACCUGCCAUCUACAAGAGCUCAUGCAGCAUUGAUGUCACCUUCUUCCCCUUUGACCAGCAGAACUGCAAGAUGAAGUUUGGCUCGUGGACUUACGACAAAGCCAAGAUCGACCUGGAGCGCAUCGAGAACACAGUUGACUUAAAAGAUUACUGGGAGAGUGGCGAGUGGGCCAUCAUCAAUGCUGUUGGAACCUACAACACCAAGAAAUACGACUGCUGCCAUGAGAUUUACCCCGACAUCACCUUCUUCUUCAUCAUUCGUCGCCUACCUCUCUUCUACACCAUCAAUCUCAUAAUUCCCUGUCUGCUCAUCUCCUGUCUGACGGUUCUGGUUUUCUACCUGCCAUCAGACUGUGGGGAGAAGAUCACGCUGUGUAUCUCCGUUCUCCUUUCCCUCACUGUCUUCCUGCUUCUUAUAACAGAAAUAAUUCCCUCCACCUCACUGGUUAUCCCUCUCAUUGGCGAAUAUCUGCUCUUCACUAUGAUUUUCGUCACCUUGUCAAUAGUCAUCACUGUUUUCGUACUGAACGUGCAUCACAGAUCGCCCAGCACUCAUAAGAUGCCCCGGUGGGUGCAUUCUGUCUUCCUGGAUUUGAUCCCGCGAUGGUUGUUUAUGCGCAGACCUGCGCCUGACAGUCGACGCAGACAGAAACUCCUCCUCUUGCAGCGGCAGGGGCAGGGCAUGGCAUCGAGGGUGCUCGGACCGGCAGCCGUUCCUCUCAGCACAUCUUCUAGCUGGUUCAGGAGGGAAAACUUUGGGGAGGAGGAGUCUCGCAGACGCUACUGUUAUAAGGAUUUAGAACUGGGGACACUUUCCUCUGCAAUCUCUUUUUCAUUACACCCCUCUUCACCCUGCCCGCUCAGCUCAGCUCCACCUACUCUACAGAAAUACGGCCCCUCACCUAGAACGGAGGUGGGAGGGGCUUCCAGGCACCCUGGUGGUAGAGCUAAUGUCAUGAAGCGGCCUGACAACAUGACAACGGACAACGCAGAGUUUCCUCUCUCCCCUAGUGUCCUUCAAGCACUGGAGGGGGUUCACUACAUAGCAGACCACCUAAGAGCAGAAGAUGCUGACUUCAGUGUAAAAGAAGAUUGGAAGUAUGUUGCUAUGGUAAUAGACAGAAUCUUUCUAUGGAUGUUCAUCAUAGUAUGUUUAUUGGGCACAAUCGGCCUCUUUCUCCCACCCUGGCUCGCAGGCAUGAUCUAGGAUACAUAACACCCACAAGGGGACACAAUGUCUGUCUAAGCAAUGAGCAAACAUCACUCAGUAAGUGGCGAGGAUCCCCUAGCAUGGCAUAAGAUGCAUGUUUGAGUUCAGGAAUGUGACAGCAAGGCCUGAUAUUUUUCUUUGGAGAUAUUUUUAAAGGAGAGCAACUUCUAUCUCACCUCUAAAGAAGGAGUUUGUCAAAGAAAAUGCUUGUAUUUGAAUGUAUU